GCUGUAGCAGUAGUUGUUGAUCCAAUACAAUCAGUGAAGGGUAAAGUAGUUGCUGAUGCAUUUCGUCUUAUUAAUCCAAAUACGAUGGUCUUGAGCCAAGAACCCAGGCAAACUACAUCAAAUUUGGGUCACUUGCAAAAACCAUCUGUACAGGCGUUAAUACAUGGCUUAAAUAGACACUACUACUCAAUAAAUAUUAACUAUAGAAAAAAUGAUUUGGAAACAAAAAUCUUGUCAAAUCUACAUAAGAAAUGUUGGAGCGAAUCACUUAAACUUAAUGACUACAAUCUCAAUGAAACCCGUAAUAAUGAGGAUGUUAACGGUAUUUUCAAUCUGCUAAAGGACUAUAAUAAGGCUUUGCAAGAUGAGGAGAAAAUGUCAUUAGAGGAAUUAGCUUUGAAGAAUAUUGGAAAACAAGAUGCCAAACGUCAUUUGGAGCAGAAGGAGGACAGCAUAAUGCAUACAAAUAUAGUGCAGUUUUUAGGUGGAAUGCUGGAUGCUUUUAUAUUUCAAUAAUUUUAAAUACUGUUGUAAAUUUCUGUUAUCACAAAACAAUUUAAAAACUUCAAAAGAAAACCCAUAUUUACUAACUUUGCAAAUCUACAUUAAAAUUUACAAUUAUA